UGCAAUGCACCACAACCUGGAGGAAGGGGAUUCAUUGGUCUUUGAAUUGGCUGAGCAUGACAAAUUUAAGAUUUAUAUAAUAAAAGCUAUUGAUGAUGAUGUGAAAGAGGCUGAGCCUGAUGACAAGAAUGACAAUGGUGUUACCAAGGAAGAGCCUGACCAGGAAGAAUCACCUGUUGCUGAGCCUCCAAAAGGUGCCAAAAGGAGAAAACUCCGAGGACGGCGGUAGUUUUUCUAUUAGUUUACAUCGAACUUUUAAUAUUAGACACUCUUUGGGUAAGCGAAUGCCGCUAUGCUAGUGAUGCGCUCUCCUGCCAGGUCAUCCAUUUGCUCCUUUUUGUUGACCUGUUCUUUCUGAAAUUAGGUGUCCAAUUGCAACCCAUAUAUUGCGGUGAAAAGCACAUCUAUCAACGUAGGUAGUCCUUGAUUCAUGUAAAUAAGUAGUUUGACAGUGGAGUACUUACGCUCUCAGAACCCCCUGUGUGCUACUUUAGCAGAGAGGCAAAUUGCUUCUGUGCAUACGAAGUGACAAUCAUUAGCAAAGAGAUAAUUGCAAUGACUUUCUGUGGCAAAACUGCAAA